AUGCUCAUUUUCUUCAACGUCUUUCUUUUCCUCUUCACACUGCCACAUCUGAUCGUCUCAACGCGUUGUUACUUCUGUACUUCGAUGCUCAGUAGUGAUAUCGAUGAUAGCGCAAAAGAGGCGAUGAAAAAUCUCGUCUAUACGAAUUUCAACCCUCCGCCCACUCACGAGCUGUGUGCUCUUUCGGAUGAUAUCGAGUUCCGAAUCGUUCAACAAAUCGAUUGCGGUGAUGAUCGAUGUGUUCUCGUGAAAGCUUUUGAGAAAAAUCUGCACUUUGUAAUGCGCGGAUGCGAGAAGUCGCUCUCACGGGUGGCCCCGCUUGAACCCUCUUGCACCACCGGUUCCCCAUCGGUUUGCGUCUGUGAAUCGGAUCUCUGCAAUCACUCGCCGAUCUCGAAUUCUCCCGCAAAUAUCGCAUUAAUUCUUUUGUUUAUCGCAUUCAUGUGG